ACGACGCUGAAUCGUGGCGGUUGAAUCCAAAGCUCUAAAUAUUUACCGCGUUAACUACAAGUUUUCUUGUAUUUCUCGGCAUUUCUUUGGGAAGAAAAACUUCGAAUUGUUCAAACUGUCAUUUUUCAAAGCAUAAAAAGGAGAUAUUUGCGUUUAGGUGCCAAAAUAAGGGAAAAAUUUCUGCUCCUUUCUUGUCGUCAUUCAACUAAACAGGAAAGAACCACACAUCACGUUCGCGCCGAAAUUUGAGUUUGUUCUGACCUCUCGCACAUGCGCAGACGUUAUUCAGCCCUGUUUGCGUGACGGAGUAAGGCAGACUUUGGCCGCUAGCAGUCUGGGACUGCUUCUUCCCGCUCUUGUCGCCGUUAACUGUCGCCGCUCGUUGCCGCCGCUUCUUGCAGUGAGGUCUUAAGGGUAAUAAGAUCAGCAAUUUGGAUCGACCUAACAAAGUGGCUUUUAAAGAAUUUGUGUUAUCAUUUUUCUCUUUUCCCAAAUAAGGAAGUGGAUGCAUCAGGGACUGAACUAAUAUGAUGUCAAAACUAAGAAAACAGGAACAAGUACAUCCAAAGGAGAAGACUUAUGAAUGCAAACAGUGUGGCAAGUCCUUUAACAGAGCUGGAGCUUUGAAGACACAUCAAUUAAUUCACACAGGUGAGAAGCCUUAUAACUGCAAACAGUGUGGAAAAGCUUUCAACCAAGAGGCAAAUUUGAAGAAACAUUUAAGAAUUCAUACAGGUGAAAAGCCAUAUGAAUGCAAACAUUGUGGAAAGUGUUUCAACCAAUCGACCCAUUUGAAGAAUCAUUUAAGAAUCCAUACUGGUGAGAAACCUUAUGAAUGCAAACAGUGUGGAAAGUGUUUCAACCAAGUAAGAACUCUGUAUAGACAUAAAUUAGUUCACACAGGUGAGAGGCCUUUUAAAUGCAAACAGUGUGGAAAAUGUUUCAAGCAAGCAGCAAAUUUGAAGAAUCAUGUAAGAGUUCACACUGGUGAGAAGCCUUAUGAGUGCAAACAGUGUGGAAAGUGUUUCAACCAUUUGACAAGUUUGCGGAGACAUAAAUUCCUUCACAUUGCCGAGAAGCCUCAUGACUGCAAACAGUGUGGAAAGUGUUUCAACCAAAUGAGAAGUUUGCAGAGACAUAAAUUAAUUCACACAGGUAUGAAGCCUUAUGACUGCAAACAAUGUGGAAAAAGUUUCAGCCAGCCAGGAACUUUGAAGAUUCAUUCAAGAGUCCACACUGGAGAAAAGCCUUAUGAAUGCAAACAUUGUGGAAAGUGUUUUAAGCAAGCAACACAUUUGAAGAAUCAUGUACGAGUCCACACAGGUGAAAACCCUUAUCAUUGCAAACAGUGUGGAAAGGGUUUUAAGCAAGCAGCAAAUUUGAAGAAUCAUGUACGAGUUCACACAGGUGAGAAGCCUUAUGAAUGCAAACAGUGUGGAAAAUGUUUCAACCAAGUAAGAAGUCUGCACAGACAUACAUUACUUCAUACAAGUGAGAAGUGUUUCAAGAAAGCUGAAAGUUCAAGAAAUCAUGUAAAAGUGCACUCAAGUGAGAAGCAUUGUGAAUGUAAACAGUUUCUGAACUGUUUUUGCCAAAAGGGACUUUUAAUGGCACUUGAAAAAGCCUCAACAGAUAAGAUACCAUUCAGUUUCACUCAAAGUGAGAAGAAUUGUAGCCUCGAUAUAACCAAAACUGGAAACUGCAGCAUUCAACCAGUUGUGAUGGGUUCUAAUUGUGACAUUAAGACUAAUUCAUCUACAGCAAGAUCCAACUUUCAAGAACCUGAGCUAUGUCAUGUGGAAUGUUGGAUUUGUCAAGAGGAAUUAUGUAGUCAAGCCCAACUUUUGAAACACUAUGAUAAUCAUAUGAAAUAGAACAUUUUAGCUCAUUGUUAUUUUCUACAUGUAUUGCCGCUUUUCAUGUGGCGUCAUCAUUUUCCAAAAUAAGAAACUACCAAUCCCUCUGAAGUUUUAGUUUCAUCAGACGUAAGGCCCUCCAAUAACUUGACAUUUUGCAGCAUUUAAGCUCGACAGGGUUCCUCAUUUUGAAAUAGGGCAUGUUUGAAUUUCCAAGUUUAUGCGUUGUGUGACAUUAAAAUGGUGGCCGGAUAAGGUUCUCAAGUAGGUCAAAAAGAUGAGUUCUUGCUCAAGUUUUUGCCAACUAAACAGUUGUUGCUCUAUAAGAAGUGUUAAUUUCAAUGUGUUGG